AUCCAGAUCCUGGCAGUGAAGUAAAUGGCUCAACUUCCCCCUGGAGUUCGCUUCAUCGUUUUAUUUACAAGAGAUCAGUGGUGCAGGGCCUUCAUUUUUGUUCUUACCUUUUUGUUAUAUGCUAGUUUCCACUUGUCAAGGAAACCUAUUAGUAUAGUUAAGGGAGAACUACAUAAGCACUGUGCUCCUCCAAGUGAAGUUGAACUCAACUCCUACAAAGAAUAUGCCAUCCAGAUUCAGCCUGUUAAAAAGUUAUCUAAUGAGUCUCAGUGUGGUUGGGAGCCAUUUGACAAGAACAAUUACAAACAAUUACUGGGAGCCCUGGAUUACUCAUUUCUGUGUGCUUAUGCAGUUGGAAUGUAUUUGAGUGGUAUAAUAGGAGAGCGACUGCCUAUCCGGUAUUAUCUAACAGCUGGAAUGCUUGCCAGUGGACUCUUCACUGCAAUGUUUGGGUUGGGCUAUUUCUAUAAUAUACAUAGCCUGUGGUUCUACAUGAUAGCUCAGAUAGCUAAUGGAUUGGUGCAAACCACUGGCUGGCCCAGUGUUGUUACCUGCAUUGGCAACUGGUUUGGAAAAGGAAGGAGAGGUUUGAUCAUGGGAAUCUGGAAUUCUCACACUUCCGUAGGGAAUAUCUUAGGAUCCUUAAUUGCUGGUUACUGGGUAUCUACCUGCUGGGGUCUGUCUUUUGUGGUUCCUGGUGUUGUUAUUGCUUGCCUGGGGAUCGUUUGUUUUCUGUUUCUCAUUGAACACCCUAAAGAUUUAAGUUACUCUUGCAAACCAUCCAGUAGCUCAAAGUCCUACAUGAAUGGUACAAAUAAAUUCAGAGUCCAUAAGCCAACCUUAAAUCUUAAAGAAACCAACAUUCUUCAGGAUCCAGCGAUGCAGUGUUUGCUUCCUGACAGAGAGAACUUCACAGUGCCACUGAACCAUAACGUGGCAGUCAAUGGGGAAGGUGGAACUAGAAUGUCAGCUAUAAGCUUCAUAGGUGCUUUGCGAAUACCUGGAGUCAUAGAAUUCUCUCUCUGUUUGUUGUUUGCUAAACUAGUCAGUUACACUUUCCUUUUCUGGCUUCCACUCUAUAUCACAAACGUAGAGCAUCUUGAUGCGAAAAGAGCUGGGGAUCUUUCUACAUUGUUCGAUGUGGGUGGAAUCUUUGGUGGCAUUUUGGCAGGCAUGAUAUCAGAUAGAUUGGAAAAAAGGGCUUCAACCUGUGGAAUGAUGUUACUACUAGCAGCACCUGCCCUAUACAUGUUCUCUGCAAUCAGUAAAAUGGGCCUAGAAGCUACCAUAGUUAUGCUGCUUAUCAGUGGAGCCCUGGUGAACGGUCCUUAUGCACUGAUCACAACUGCAGUCUCAGCCGACUUGGGUACCCAUAAAAGUCUGAAAGGAAAUGCAAGAGCCCUGUCCACAGUUACGGCUAUCAUCGAUGGAACAGGUUCUGUAGGUGCUGCUCUAGGGCCUCUGUUAGCUGGUCUCAUCUCUCCCUCUGGUUGGAACAAUGUAUUUUACAUGCUAAUGGUGGCAGAUGCAUGUGCCUUAUUAUUCUUACUCCGUCUUAUACGAAAAGAACUCCAGUGUAAGAUGGACCAGACCUUGUAUAUGCAGGAGGCAACGUUCUUUUCCAAUUCUGGCAAUGUUGAUGAUGAUUUCCCAACAUUAAGUGAUGAUUACGGUUUUGGAUACACCAGAAGACAGGCCUCUUGCUGCAUACAAAUGAAUGAAUUUGAUGAUGUGAAGUAG